AUGAGCAAGUUUUCACUUAAGUUGGGGAGUAAGACCUUGAAAAAAAAUAUUUCCAAGAAGACGAAAAAAAAAAACUCAUUACAGAAGGCCAACUUAUUCGAUUGGGAUGAUGCGGAAACUGCAAGCCUUUCGCAUAAACCUCAAAGUAAGAUAAAGAUUCAAAGUAUUGAUAAAUUCGAUCUUGAUGAAGAAUCAUCUUCUAAGAAGAAAUUAGUGAUCAAGCUGAGUGAAAAUGCGGAUACCAAAAAAAACGAUGCUCCUCUGGUGGAAUAUGUCACCGAAAAAGAAUAUAAUGAGGUACCUGUCGAGGAAUUUGGAGAUGCUUUACUUCGGGGUAUGGGGUGGGAAAGUGACUCCGAGCAAGAUUCUAAAGGCGACAAGACACAGAGUCGAAACAAGGACGUUUCAAAUGUUUCACAGAUACAUCCUGAUGGACUGGGAAUUGGUGCCAAGUUAAAUAAGGCAAUAAACGUGGAGGAGGCUUCAUUUAUGCCCGUCGUAAAAAUCGAUAAAAUAACGGGCACUAAAGUUGAUGACGACAAAAAAAAUAAGUCAUGA